CGGGAGGGAGGUGGUUGGCGGCGGGGUGGGCCGUUUGUGCUCUCGUGGUCUCGAACUCGCGCGCGCUCUCCCCUCCCCCCGGCGUGCUGUGGGGCGGAGGAACGGCGGCGGCGGCAGCAACUGGACAGCAGUGGCGGACACCUUGUCUCCCCCGCGACCCGGUUCCUCUCCCCCCUCUUACUGUUUGUUGUGUGUUUGAUGUGUUAAAGCAGGAGCGAGAACUCGAGCAGCGCCAUGAGCAACACCACCGUCGUCCCCAGCACUGCGGGCCCGGGCCCCAGCGGCGGGCCGGGCGGCGGCGGAGGCGGCGGCGGCGGCGGCACCGAGGUAAUCCAGGUGACGAAUGUCUCCCCGAGCGCCAGCUCUGAGCAGAUGCGGACGCUCUUCGGGUUCCUAGGCAAGAUUGACGAACUGCGCCUCUUCCCGCCGGAUGAUUCACCUUUGCCAGUCUCAUCUCGUGUCUGCUUUGUUAAAUUCCAUGAUCCAGACUCAGCAGUUGUGGCACAGCAUCUGACAAAUACUGUAUUCGUUGACAGAGCUUUGAUAGUCGUACCAUAUGCAGAAGGAGUUAUUCCUGAUGAGACUAAGGCUUUGUCUCUGUUGGCACCAGCUAAUGCAGUGGCAGGUCUUCUGCCUGGUGGUGGACUCCUGCCUACACCUAACCCACUUACACAGAUUGGCGCUGUUCCAUUGGCUGCUUUAGGAGCCCCUACUCUUGAUCCUGCCCUUGCUGCACUUGGGCUUCCUGGAGCAAACUUGAACUCCCAGUCUCUUGCUGCAGAUCAGUUGCUGAAGCUUAUGAGUACUGUUGAUCCCAAGUUGAAUCAUGUAGCUGCUGGUCUUGUUUCACCAAGUCUGAAAUCAGAUACCUCUAGUAAAGAAAUAGAGGAAGCCAUGAAAAGAGUACGAGAAGCCCAGUCCCUGAUAUCUGCUGCUAUAGAGCCAGAUAAAAAAGAAGAAAAAAGAAGGCAUUCAAGAUCAAGAUCACGUUCUCGGAGGAGGCGAACUCCCUCAUCUUCUAGACACAGGCGAUCAAGAAGCAGGUCCAGGAGGCGAUCACAUUCUAAAUCAAGGAGUAGGCGACGAUCCAAAAGUCCAAGACGGAGAAGAUCUCAUUCCAGAGAGAGAGGUAGACGGUCAAGGAGCACAUCAAAAACCAGAGAUAAAAAGAAGGAAGACAAAGAAAAGAAACGUUCCAAAACACCACCAAAAAGUUACAGCACAGCCAGACGUUCUAGAAGUGCAAGCAGAGAGAGACGAAGAAGAAGAAGCCGAAGUGGAACAAGAUCUCCUAAAAAGCCUAGGUCUCCUAAAAGAAAAUUGUCUCGCUCACCAUCCCCUAGAAGACAUAAAAAGGAGAAGAAGAAAGAUAAAGACAAAGAAAGAAGCAGAGAUGAAAGGGAACGAUCAACAAGCAAAAAGAAGAAAAGUAAAGAUAAGGAAAAAGAUCGGGAAAAAAAAUCAGAGAGUGAUAAAGAUGUAAAACAGGUUACACGGGAUUAUGAUGAAGAAGAACAGGGCUAUGACAGUGAAAAGGAGAAGAAAGAAGAGAAGAAAUCAGCAGAAGCUGGUUCCCCGAAAACCAAGGAAUGUUCAGUUGACAAGGGAACUGGUGAUUCAAUAAGAGAAUCCAAAGUGAAUGGGGAUGAUCAUCAUGAAGAAGACAUGGAUAUGAGUGACUGAAUAUUGCCUCUGUGGGAAUCCAGCUGUACACAUGCAUCAGUGUCAUUCCUUUGUGUGAUUUUUAAUGCUGUAAUUGUUCAUCUCAAACUUAGAUGUAUACAGCUCAAAAUUACAAAUGGUUAUAAAGUUUCUGAUACUGAUAGUUAUUUACAUCAAAAAGCUUUCAGAAAAUGGUAACCAACUUUGUCAUGGUGAAUCUGACUGAAUAACCAAGCAGUUUUACGAAAAGCUGCAUGCAUCUACAGCAGGCAUGGAUUGUUUAUGUUGUAUAAUCCCUUUUAUUAAGUAAGUUCACUUAUAGUAAUUCUAGAAUUUGAGUCAUUGCUGUAAUAGAGCCAUGUAGGGAAUGCACUGAUUGCAUGUUACUGUGGCAAGAAUAUCCUAAAUGUCAUUAAAAAUCCUCCAACAUGAUGGAUCUACUUAUGGUCUUGUUGACAUGACAAAUUAACAUUCUUAGAGCUACAUCUGGAAACAAAUUUGAAGUAGAUAAUCCUUUAAGCCUUAUGGCUAAAUUUUGUGGCUUUGUUUAACUUAGAAAGGUUAUAUAUGCACUAACCUUUUUUAUGGCUAAUUAGUCUUUAAUUACACAAACAAGAUUUCAGAUGAAACUUCUCGGUGAGUAAAUAGCAAAAUAUUUUGAAGUAGAAUUAUAUACUUUUCCAUAGGUAUUUAGGAUUUUUUUUCCCUGCAGUAAUUUAUUUCAUAUUUGCAUCCAUGAAAGCUAUCAACUUAUCCUGCUGCAUCUGUUUAAAAAAGAAAAAAAAGUUUUCUUGUCCUGAUUUCAGUUUUCCACUUUGGUUUGUUUUAAGCUCACUCUUGAGGGAGAAAAAAAAAAGGAUAGUGCAUUUUUAAUUGACUUUCACAAGCUUUUUAAGACAAAUUACUUGAUGAUGUACUUUUAUUUGAUCUCAAGUUGUAUAAAAACCAAUUUGUGUUACUCUUACUGCAUAGUAAUCUUAUGCACAGUGAUUCCAUGUUAUAUGCGUAGUUAGGUAACUGUUUUCUUAGUUACAGGAUUUCAAGCUUCACUUUUGUGCAGUUAAAACAAAAGUAGGCUACAGUCUGUGCCAUGUUGAUGUACAGUUUCUGGAAUUGUUUUACAUGACUUUGAUAAUAAAACCCUUAAACUUAU